AUGUCGACAGCGGCGACAGGUCAGGACAGACCGGCCGAGCCGGCGAAAGCGCUCCGGCCCGUCCUCCUCUUCGGCACCAGCACUGCGAGAAUCACGGACGCGAUAGAACUUUUGCUCCUCGCGGUUGGGUUCAGGGCCCAGUUCGGAAAACUCGUCGAGAAUCCCGUCUCGACGCUCCAAACCGGACUCCUGGCGUUUGGUGCGCUGCAGACCGUUUGGGCUCUCCUCUGCUGCCCUCCGGCGGGCUCGCAGGCGAAGAAGCGCGGAGCUAAUCCAGUUCAGUCUGUCAUCCUCUCCAUUACGCUAACGGCCCUCGUCGUGCCCCUCCUCCACAUCAUAUUCGUCCUCUUCGGCGCCCCGUUCCUAACGCACCAGCUCGAAACGCUGCUCUGCUCCUCCAUCCUCGCCGUUCUUUCCGUCUUCCCCGUAUUUUACGCGCACGGUGUCAACUCGACGGCGUGGAGAGCCAUCUGCGGCUUCACGGCGCCCCUCGACGAGACAGUCGGCGGCUUCUGGGGCGGUAUCAUCGGUGCGUGGCUGGGCGCCGUGCCCAUCCCACUCGACUGGGAUCGGGAGUGGCAAAAGUGGCCGAUUACGAUUGUGUGCGGACUCGUCGGGGGUAUAUCAUUGGCCGCCUCGCCGGCGGGUUCGCGACUCUAG